AUGAAUACGAUUCGAUCUACCUGGAUGGGCUGGGGCACCCUUUGCCUUGCCGGCGGCGGAGCGUACUAUUUCGCAAAACAAUCGAUCAACGCCGACCGACAAGCCCGAUUCGAAGCCGAAGUCAAGCGCAAGGCCCAAAUGAAGCAAAUGGAGGAUGAGCACAAGCGCAAAGCGCAAUUGGCGUCGGCACCAACCCCGGGCAACGACACUAGCUCGAAACGAGCGAGCAUGGCACGAUUCCAGAACGCCUCCGACGAUGCCGCCUCACCAAGUGCCGAAGCUUCUCAUGAUCCGGCGCCAACUCGGCACGAACCCUUGACCGAUGCCGACCGUGUGUUGGAGAAGGGGAAAUAUGAAACGUCACAGCCGUACCGGCCUCCGAGCGGGAACCGGUUUAGCUGA